CGUUCUUCUCGGUUUAUGUACGCAUGCGUCGCGUCUCCAGCGUUUUGCGUCAAACUAAUAACUUUUGAAAACCCACCUCGGGACCCUUGCGUUCUAUUCGGCUUCACUACGUCUAGCAGCUUUUAAACACAAGAACGCGCCCCCUAAGAUGCCCAAACCGCUGUCUAAGUAGGCAGCUGACUAGAUUUUGAGACAGCCCAUAUUCACAGUGACAAUCCGCGUUCAAAAAGGACUUUCCUGAAUUGCAGGUAGACCCGUCUGAAGCCAAGGAGGAAAAAUCAUGUGACAAUUACAGAAGAAUUUGGAUUUUUGAGGGGGGGGGGACUUCUUCAAGAUAAAGAAGUUGGUUCAAACCCAGUUCGGCUCAGGGAGAAUAAUGGAUCGUGUUUCGUAAAGGCAUUACUGACUCCGUACAGGUGUGUCGACGAAUGCAGGGGAGAUGGGGGUCUGUUGGAGAUGGUGCUACACGACAUGCGUCUGUUGCUUGUCUGAAGAUGAGAAGAACGCCAUCGCCAUACACAACGAAAUCAAAAGAAUCCUUGCCGAUCAGAAGAAACGAGAACGCAGAGAAAUCAAAGUGCUUCUGUUAGGCACUGGAGAAAGCGGGAAGACGACUUUUAUCAAGCAGAUGAGGAUUAUUCACGGCAAGGGCUUUUCCGAAGAUGACAGGCGUGGAUACACUAAACUGGUUUUUCAGAAUAUCUUCACAGCUAUGAAGGCUCUGACAGCGGCCAUGAACACCCUCAGGAUUCCCUAUGCUAACCCGCAAAACGAGAUAUAUGGGAAACAGUUUCAGGAAGUGGAGAUCUGUCAGAUGGCACAUUUGGACAGAAUGUAUGUAGACGCUAUCCGCCGACUUUGGGCUGACGAGGGUGUCAAGGCCUGUUACAGUCGUCGUAGAGAGUACCAGCUGCUGGACUCCACAGAAUACUAUAUGGCAAAUUUGGAACGUAUUGCGGCCCCAGACUUCAUCCCCACAGCCCAGGAUGUGCUCCGAGUCCGAUUCCCCACCACAGGCAUCAAUGACUACUCCUUCAGUGUGGAGAAAAUCACCCUCAGGAUUGUGGAUGUGGGUGGCCAGAAGUCAGAGAGGCGGAAAUGGAUCCAUUGCUUUGAGAAUGUGACCUCGCUCAUAUUUUUAGCCUCACUCAGCGAGUACGACCAGGUGCUGGAGGAGAAUAACAAGGAGGUGAGCGUCUCCUUCGCCCCAGUCUGUCUGAAUCUUUCUUGUCCUAGUCGAUUGCUUUGAUCAGUAUAUUUGGGUCUGGA